GAGAUCUGAUUCUAUCAAGCUUAACCUUUCCCUCGUCGCAGUUUACAACCUGGACUAGACUACCAACCUGUUGAUCUUGCAGUUCGAUUGACAGGUUUCGACCAUGGCUGAUCCUCUGAGUCUUUUGAGGCAGUUCAACGUGAACAAACGAGAAAUCGUCGAACGUGGUGGUCACAUCAUCUUCGGUGAAUUUUCGUGGCCUAAAAAUGUCAAAACCAACUACCUUAUGUGGGGCUCUGGAAAAGACGGUGCUCCUAAAGAGUAUUACUCCUUAGAGUGUUUACUAUUCUUGCUGAAAAAUGUCACACUCACCCAUCCAGUGUACGUGCGGCAGGCAGCUGCCGAAAAUAUACCUGUCGUGCGUCGUCCGGAUCGUAAAGACUUGCUUGCCUAUCUCAAUGGGGAGACUGCGACUUCGACCAGCAUUGAUAAAUCCGCUCCUCUGGAGAUUCCUACUCAAGUCAAAAGGACGCUGGAGGAAACCCAGGAACCUGCUGCCAAGAAGCCGAGGUUUGAGCAGAUGCAGGUGCAGAAGGUCAAGGAGCAGCUGGCCGCCAGGCUGGACGCGCCUAAAGAAGCCUCUGUCACCGUCGAUAACAUCAAAUCUCUUUCAGAAGCUAUGUCUGUGGAGAAGAUCGCGGCCAUCAAGGCGAAGCGUCUGGCCAAAAAGAGGACAACGAUUAAGGGCAUGGAUGACAAGAACCUGGAAUCGGACCUGCGAGUCAUCAUUGACUUUGACGUAGACGUGACCAAGGACAUAGUCUCAAGGGAACGGCAGUGGAGGACGAGGACCACAAUUCUGCAGAGCUCGGGAAAGCUCUUCUCCAAAAACAUUUUUGCCAUCCUGCAAAGCAUCAAGGCGCGCGAGGAGGGUAGGCACCGGCCACCAGCUCCCACGCCCAUUGUCACUCCUCGCGCCACCCCUGUUCGCUCUGUUCCCCAGCCUGCUGUCUACAACCGAUACGAUCAGGAAAGAUUCAUCAGGGCCAGGGAAGAAACUGAGGGAUUCAAGAUCGACACCAUGGGCACAUACCACGGCAUGACCUUGAAGUCGGUGACUGAAGGGAACCAGCCGAAAAAACAUCUGCCAGCCGCCACGCCGCCUGUGAUCAGCAGCAACCACACAAGCGCCAUGCAGCCGCCUGUGAGCACGCCUCAACAGGCCACGGUCCCUAGGCCACCAACCUCUAAGCGAGUCUCUAGGACGCCGAUCAUCAUUAUUCCAGCGGCCAACACCUCUGUUAUCACAAUGUAUAACGCCAAGGAUAUUCUGCAGGACCUCAGAUACGUCAGCACGGAAAACAAGAAGGCGCAGGGCACCAAGCGUGACAACGAAGUUUUGCUGCAGCGGCGCAAAGAAACCAACCUGACUGUGCCUUAUAGGGUCAUCGAUAAUCCGCAAAAGCUGAGCCCUGCCGAUUGGGACAGGGUGGUAGCCGUUUUCGUCAUGGGGCCCGCGUGGCAGUUCAAGGGCUGGCCCUGGGAUGGCAAUCCAGUUGAGAUUUUCUCUAGAGUGUGCGCCUUUCAUUUGAAAUGGGAUGAGAUAAAAUUGGACUCGAACGUCGCUCGGUGGGCUGUCAAUGUGAUCGACUUGUCCAGGACUAAAAGGCAUUUGGACAGAGCAUCGCUUAUGACCUUUUGGGAAAAGCUUGACAGGCACAUCAUGAAAUGCAAGCCCCACUUGCGAUUUUAAUGCUAUCAAGAGCUGGACUGUAUUGAUUCUGCGCAGAAUGAUUAAUGCUGAAACUAGCUGCCUUCUCUUCUUAUGAAUUAUAGAAAACUACCGCCUAACAUUAAGCCUGGUUUGAGACCGCAAUGCUUAUCUCAUAAACUUAAUUUUAUUUGUAUCCUAAUUAAGUACAAUAUAGCGAGUUCUGUACAUGCUAUUGAUACAAUUUAUUUGUAAAUAAAUAAAUCAUAGAAAGUGUGAAAAGUUAAUUGAUUACAAUAAAUCAAAAGUUUCAAACCAAUAAAA